AAAAACGUGCCGAACAAAUACGACAUUAACGUACGAAGAGAGACUGUGUUGGAAGACUCGUUCCGGGCUAUAACCAAUGCCCCCAGUGCGGACUACUUGAAAACGAGGCCGUGGGUGAUAUUUGAUGGGGAAGUUGGCUUGGAUUAUGGCGGUGUACAAAGGUAGGGUCCUCUAUAUUUGAUUGUAGUAUGUUGUUUCUUUGAACAUAUUUUAAACUGAUACUGAUACUUUAUUUAAUUAAUUUAAAAGACGUUUACAACAUACAAUACUAUCCGCUAAUAGCUUAGCUAAUCAAGGCGGAUAGUAAAUUAACACUCCUGUAUAUAGUAUAUAUUUACAUGCUCAUGAGUUAUAUUUAGAAAAAAAAAGAAAAAGUUGUUGAUAAUAUUUUUUAAGCAACCAAUUCGAUUCUGAUCUAUGGGAUAUAGUUAGAACCAAAUAUUAUUCCAUGUUUUUGCUCCGAGUUUUACAAAAGAUUCAUUAUGUUUGUUUAAUCUUGAGUAUUGAAUGUAAAAAUUGUUAGCUGUGCAAUGUCUAGUGUUAUGGGUGUGCAUAUGUCUUGCCUGGAUAAAACAAUCAGAAAUUGCAGACGGGCAAGAACUAUUAGAGACAUCAUACAUUAAGUUACACACAGUUUUAUAAUAUAGCAUAUUUAAAGGAAGGUGUCUAUUCAGCCGGCAACCGGCUAUUUAGUAAACUGCUGGCUAUAUAGUGACUAUAGUUGAAGUUGAAUUUUGAGAUAAACCGAUUCCUACCCCAUUCUCUAACCCCUUAACCGCUAACCUAACCUUUUGAGAGUUUGAAAAGGCGGGAGGAGUUGAAAAGUUUUCAAGAAAAAAAAUAUGCUAAGUCAGACAAAACACAUCCCGACCGGGACUGACACUUCGUAUUUUAAACAUAGAGUCCAGUCCAGGGUUCGUACAAAACUUGAAAGUCCUUGAAUGUCCUUGAAUUUGAAAACAAACAUUCAAAGCUUUGAAUAUCCUUGAAUUUGUAAAGAAGUACUUGAAAGUCCUUUCCUUUACUGGCCCAGUAUUGGUACAAAAUGAAACUCGAAUACCCCAUGUUUUAUAUAGUAUCCUUUUCUGACUUUUCCGUAGGGAAUGGUUUUACUUGCUUUCGAAAGAAGUUUUCAAUCCAUAUUAUGGCCUCUUCGAAUAUUCAGCUAAGUAAGAAAAUAUAAACAUUAAAAUACCUAUGAAUGCUUUUAAAGGCACAUUUCAGCUUUUUGAAUGAUGGUUUUUAAGGUGCAUUUCAACCCUUAUAAUUUAAAAUAGGAAAAUCAAUAAAGCAUAAUUCAAGAUCAGUAAACUCAAUGUUUUUUAACAGUGAAAAUGUUUUAAAAUGUUAAAAACAUUAAUUUUGCUGAUCUUAAAUUAUGCUGAUUAAAAGGUUUGUAAUGCGCCUUAAAAACCAUCAUUCAAAAGGCUGAACUGCGCCUUUAACUUUUGAUUCACAUUAUUUGCUCAAUUUUUUCCUUCUUUCUUUCAGUGAUACAUACACGCUACAAAUCAAUCCCAACUCGGGACUGUGCAAUGAAGAACAUUUGAAGUACUUCAAAUUUAUCGGUAGAAUCGCUGGCAUGGCGGUGUACCAUGGGAAACUCUUGGAUG